UGUUCAACCAUAAAGCCGUCUGUCUAAACUGUCACCAAAACAUCAAUUUUGCUUCAAAUGACAACAAACAAAUAAAUUCGCCCUCUCUCUCUCUUCUUGCUUUCCACGUACUAUCAUCGUGCUUCAACCGAAACAUUGCCCGAUUUUUAUUCCCGAAUCUGUUUGAACGCCGAUACAGUCUUGACAAUGCUGGACAUUGUCUGCCCUUCUAUUGUGCAGGGAAAAUUAGUUAAUCUUGAUUAAUUUAAAGUGUUUGUAACCACUUUCAGUUGCCGGUCAGCUCGACAAGCAGGUACGUGUUCCAUCACACCAGCCUAUCCAUUAUCCAUUGAUCGUUUAAAAUACGCCAAGGACGUGUAAAGUAAAAUGAGCAACCGACGGAAGAAAACAGAUCGAGUCGAUCGUGAAGCGCUCCUUCUGCCGGUCGACGAUGAGGAGAAGCUUGAAAAAAGUGACCUGCGAGGCGAUUGGGGCAACAUUGCCAUACUGUUCUUUCUCUAUCUGCUGCAAGGCAUUCCAAUCGGAUUGGCCUCGGCCAUACCGAUGCUGCUACAGAAUCGCGGUGCAAGCUACAAACAGCAGGCUGAAUUCAGUUUCGCUCACUGGCCGUUCAGCUUAAAGUUGCUAUGGGCUCCAAUAGUAGAUUCACUGUUCUGGAAACAAUUCGGAAGACGAAAAUCAUGGCUCAUCCCAACACAAUAUCUGAUCGGCAUAUUUAUGCUGAUUCUAUCGCUGCACGUGAACCGUUGGUUGGGCGCGGAAAAUAGCACCAACGAUGACCAUUCCAAAGUUGAGCACAGCACACUCAACAUUCCGCUACUGACGGGCAUCUUCUUUAUGCUGAACUUUUUGGCCGCUACGCAAGAUAUUGCUGUAGAUGGAUGGGCGCUGACGAUGCUGAAACGUUGCAACGUUGGACACGCAUCGACCUGCAAUAGUGUUGGGCAGACGGCCGGUUAUUUCCUCGGCUACGUGGCUUUUAUGGCACUGGAAUCGGCUGAAUUUUGCAACAGCUAUCUACGCUCCGAACCCGCACCUGAGGGUUUGGUCAAUCUAUCCGGUUACCUAUGGUUCUGGGGUUUAGUGUUUCUGGUUACAACCACACUGGUGGCACUGUGCAAACGCGAACUCGCACCCAGCAUCGAUCGGGGCCACGAGGAACAUUUGGAGCUGGACAUAAAGCAAACGUAUCGUCUGCUACUCGAUAUAAUCAAGAUGAAACCGAUUCUGACGCUGGUGGCAAUACUGUUAACGGCCAAGGCAGGGUUUGCCGCUUGCGAUGCGGUUACUUCACUGAAGCUGAUUGAUGCCGGUGUCCCGAAGGAUAAGUUAGCGUUGCUAGUUGUUCCGCUUGUUCCACUGCAGAUAGUUCUACCGCUAGCGAUCAGCAAAUACACUGCUGGGCCGCGUCCUAUGGAAGUAUACUUGAAAGCAAUCCCAUACCGGAUAGGGCUAACAUUAGCGGCGGCCGGUAUCGUUUGGAUAACGCCUGCCAUCAUACGUGAUCACCACGUACCGUACUACUACUACAUACUCCUGUUAACGAACUACGGUCUGUACCAGAUCGCGCUGUACAGCAUGUUUGUGGCCGUGAUGGCCUUUUUCGCUCGGAUAAGCGAUCCCGCUGUCGGAGGCACCUAUAUGACGCUGCUGAACACACUCAGCAACCUUGGUGGCAAUUGGCCAACGACUGUCGUUCUGUGGAUGGUAGAUUAUCUCACGUGGAAACGAUGCUCGAACGCAACCGACAACGAUUGUGCUAAUGCAGCACUCAAAGAGACUUGCAGUGCAGCUGGUGGUCAAUGUACGAUCACGAUCGAUGGGUAUUAUGUAGAAAUAUUUAUUUGUCUGCUUUAUGGGCUCCUCUGGUACAGAUGGGGUAGUGGUAAAAUCCGCCAACUACAGGAACUUCCGCUCAAAGCGUGGCGCGUAGCGCGAAGAGUUCAACGUACGCAUAGCAGCUAGCAAUUAAUGCAAUUAAUAUGACAAUUCCAUUUAUCUGUACGUUAGGUAAGCCGAUGACACAACCAAUUGAAACGAACAUGUGGCCGAGUUUGUAGGGAAAUAUAUCGCAGGAUGUUUCUUUUU